UAAAUACCUCUUGUUGAGGUCCACCAACUGUAGCAGCGAUCACUCCUAUACCUCGUGCUAACAUAAUUAGAAGCAGAAACCAACCACCUCUCGCCAUAAAACGCCGAACAUAUUGGCCAAUAGCCAAACUGAAAUACUUUAAAUGUCUUUAACGGCUGUGUUGCAAGUUUUAAAUUUUCUAGUUCCUGGUGAUGCUUCAAACGGAGUCCUGCGAAAUUCAAAGAUUACAGACAACCUUCAGAUUUUCAAUCUGACAAUUUAAAAAAUUAAACUACUUUCCUCAAUUGGAAUUUGAUUAAACAUUUAAAGAGUUAAAAUAAUCAAACUUCUUGUUCCUCCGCCUCCUCAACAUCCUUGAUCAAUAUUCCUCAAUGUAUCAAUGUUUGCCUCUAACUUAGAACAACUUAUCAACAGAGCAGCUCAUUGCCGAUCGAUCGCCGUCGGAAAGCGCUCUCUCUCCUCCGCCUCUCUGUGUUUCUCUUUUUAGACUGAAAUUUGAAGACGGUUUCGAAGUUCGAUUAAGUGUAGAAAUUCGCUUUGUUGAUUUGAGGGUUUUAGGUUUUCUCCGAUUUAUUGGUUUGAGGUUUCGAAUAUUUGUUCUGUUAACUGUGAGCAACAGAGCUAAAGUGGACGAUGUUUUGCCAGAUGAGGCGAGGAGGCAGAGGGGAAGAAGCGGUGAAGAUCCACGCGUCACCAUUCUGCUCUCCGUUUGACAGCAAAGCAACCGUGGCAAAGUUGAAAUAACGGCAAAAAAAGAGGGGUACCGGUUUUAGUAUAUAUAGAUAAUAUAAAGAACAAGUUUCGGUUGUGUGAUAAGUUGGUGUUUUCUUGUUUAGUUUGUUGCUCUUGAGUUGCAUAAUAAAAUGGAGAAAAAGCAAGUUGGGGAGCUUGUAUCUGUAACCUUCACAUGGAAGAUUGAAAAAUUCUCAAGGUUGAGACCCCAGAAGCAUUACUCUGAGGGUUUCGCGGUCGGUGAUUUUAAAUGGCAGAUCGUUGUAUAUCCAAAGGGAAGCAGUGGAAAUCCCGGAAAGAACGACCUGUCGAUAUAUUUGAAUGUCGCAGAUGCUGCAACAUUGUCAUCUGGGUGGAGCAGAUAUGCCCAAUUCACCUUGACCGUCGUCAAUCAACUUGACAGUGAUAAGUCCAUAACAUUUGAAACUAAACAUGUGUUCAGCGCAAGUAAAAGUGACUGGGGCUUCACAUCAUUCAUGCCUCUAAGUGAGCUUUUUGAUUGCACCGAAGGGUUUCUUGUGAAUGAUGCAUGUGUUCUGGAAGCCGAGGUUGCUAUAAGUCAGGUAGACUACACGAGUGCUUCUGAAGUCCAUGAAACUUGGUUUUUUACACCUAUAAAACCCUCAGAGAACGAAAAUGAAAGGCAAGGACAUUCAAAUGUGGAAGCUGCGCAAUUUCUACAGGUGCUUGCUUUUCUGGAUUCACCAAGUUCUGAACAAAAGCAAACAAAUGCUGAUUCGUUGCAAGCUCCAAUCUCUUCAAAAGCACUUACGACAUCCAGUUCUUAUCAAAUGCUUGCUUUCCAGGAAGAACCAAGCUCUGAACAAUAUUGCCCAGAGCCUAACGAUAGCCCUGUUGAAUCUCCCAUGGUCAAGGAACAUAAGAUAGCACGCUCCACCCCACUUGGUGAGCUCAUGGAUUUCCGGGGUUUAGGGAAAAUAGACAAAGAUUAUGUUCCAUUUCUAGAGGAAGCCUGUUUGUUGCAUCCUUCAUUGAUCGAGUGCCAAAGGAAGAGAAGUCGUGUGUUUACUGAAUGGGCAUUCACAGCUUUGGGUAGACUCCUGCACUUUUUGAAGACUACAAAGGGUAAGGAUAUGAUCGAGGAUCCGUGUGAGGAGCAGCUUCAGCUUUUAUGGGAGGAGCUCGGAACCUUCAAAUUUGACUUGGCUUGGUUGGAGCCUCAUGUUCAGUCUGCUUUGGGUAUGAAGAAGUUUGUGGAAAGGGAACGACAUGUAACGGAGCUGAGAAAUAAUGUGGAUGCUUUGGAUAUUGAGAUCAAGAGGUUGAAGGCUUGCCUAACUGUUGCGGAGGUAGAAUUUGUGGUUGCGAAAACAGACAUGGGAGAGGCAGAAGAAAGCUUUGUUGCAAUAAAUAGGGAUAGUGAGCUCGGUUAUGGCGGGAGGCAUUAGCCGUCCUUGCAGAAUUCUCUCUUUUAUACGAAAAAAACAUGCAAUCUAUGUAUUACAGGUCAAACUCCCUUGCAUGUUAAGGAUGAAUGUGAUCAUGUUUCUUAACAAUGGAGUGGGAAAGCCCCGCCAUUUCAGUUUUUGUUCUGAAUCAAACUCCUCCAGCUAAAGAUCAGUAGCGAUGAUUCCGGGUUUUAUUGUAAUGAUUGUCGUUUCUUGUUAGUAGUACUAGCUAGGUUUAUUGAAGCUUAAACUAUAAUUAGUAUAAAGCCUUAGUUAAUUUGGCAUUAUGUCUUGUAUUCUAGUUAGGGGCAUCAGCUCAUAUGCAAGACAGCUUGUGGCUUUUCAAUCAGCCCAAAGACGAACUAGGGUUUGCCCUGAUAGAUAAUCGCUUGUCAUGUGGAAUUGAUAGUGUAUGUGUCUAUAAUUGUGGUCUAUGACAAGUUGUUG